CAUAUAUUUAAGAAAAGGAAGUGGUAAGUCUUUUCUAUGGCGGUUGAAAUGUACCUAAGAUAUAAAAUAAAUAACUUGUCUCUAUAAAGCGAAAAGCAAAGUGUAAGUGAGACUUUCUAAGACCUACUGCUAUGUGUAACGCUCACUUUACUAACCCCCUCUAUGAAAAAGAAGAGAGGGAUAACAUGAAUUGUAGCAGUGACAAAACAUCCUAUUUCCAUCCGUCCAUUUUUAUCUUAGCGAGACAGAUCAGAAAAUUGCCCUUCUAGAUGACGGGCGACUUACAUUUAUUUCUAUUGUCAUGGAACUAGAUAAAGACUUUCCUAGGCCACAAUGGCACGCAUUGCUGUCACUACUUGACGCCACUGUCCCACCUAUUCUAGUAUCUGACUCAACCACUCAUGAUGACUACCUUUAUAUCUCUCAAGAAGAGUUCGAUAGGCACUAUUAUGAUAUCCGGCGGAGAUUGAAGCACCCGCCGAGUAAGACGGCGUACCAGGAGUAUCUGGCAGCACGGCCCUCUGAUAAUCCGACGUUCGUUAAGUGCAUCAGAAAAACUAUAGGUGCACUUUCUCCGGGCCCAAGGAUGCAGCUGUACCGUGCUUUGAGUCUGAUGAUGACUCGGCUUGGAAGCUUGAUUAGCACGGGCUAUUUCACCCCUUUCAACCGCCAAUCAGUUACCGUGCGGGAAGCAAUUCUACGCUCAUGGCGAAGUUCCUGGUUAUUCAUCUGGACUAUGCUUGGGAGAACAUUUGUCCAACUGGGAACAAUGACUUGGAGUCAAACAGAUCCGUUAUUCCACGGACUGAGCGACUACGUGGCCGAUCCGCAUUCAGAACCCGGGCCUACUAUCGACUUCAACUUUAUGAAUUUCGAUGCUACCCCCGAGCCGAUACAUACAGAAACCGAUAUUGUGAUUGUUGGUUCGGGAUGUGGAGGUGGAGUAUGUGCGAAAGUCCUAGCUGAAGCUGGACACAGGGUUCUUGUAGUCGACAAAGGGUACUAUAUGCCUCCAAACCAGCUUCCCGUCGGAGCCGAUUCUACGGAAUUAUUAUUUGAAGGGGAAAGCGGCGGUCUAUCAACCGUAGAUGGCUCGUUCGUAAUCGCGGCAGGGAGCUGCUGGGGAGGCGGUGGCACCGUAAACUGGGCCGUGAGUCUGCCGCCACCGGACUGGUUGCGCAAACAGUGGGCGGAAGAGAAGGGUUUGAAAUUCUUCUCUACGUCGGACUUCCAGAAUUCAAUUGAUCGCGUUUGCGACUUCGUUGGAGUGGAUGAGACUCGGGUAAUGCAACAUACCCAUGCUAAUAGAGUCUUGAUUGAAGGCUCUAAAAAGCUUGGAUGGAGUGCCAAAACUUGCUUGGCAAACGCGGCCCCAGGGCAUAACUGCGGGAGUAGAUGCGGAGGGGGGUGUAGACAAUCAAAGAAACAAGGUCCGGCUGUUAGUUGGCUACCGGCGGCGGUAAAAGCUGGUGCUCGGUGUAUUGAAGGAUUCGAAGUGUCUAAAGUGCUCUUUGAAGACAACGGCGGAUCAAAGAAGGCUGUCGGAAUUAUAGGUAAAUGGACUUCGCGGGACAAAAACGGCAACUUCAAAAGCGUACCUAAGUCCGAGGUUCGGCAGCGACAGGUUCAUGUCAGAGCGAAGAAGGUGAUCAUAGCGGGCGGUACACUAAACACUCCAUUGAUAUUGCUAAGAAGCAACUUGAAGAAUCCUAACAUAGGUAAAAACUUGCAUCUCCAUCCCGCUAACAGCAUAAGCGCUGUGUUUGAUGAAGAUAUCCGCGGAUGGGAAGGUGAUAUUAUAAGCUCCGUCGUGACGGAAUUCGAAGAUCUUGACGGGAAAGGCCACGGGCCUAGAAUCGAAACGACCUCUAUGCUCCCUCCCGCGGCCAUAUUCCAAAUUCCAUGGCACGGCGGGUUGCAGUUCAAAUUAGAUGCGCUCAAGUACCGACAUAUGAAUUGUUUCAUGGCCCUCAUCAGGGAUCGGGAUAGUGGCAGAGUCACUCCAAAUCCAGACGAUGGAAGUCCUGUCAUAGCCUACACGACGUCAUCGUUUGAUCGUGCAAAUCUGAUGGUGGGACUGGUAGCCAUCGCUAAAAUUUGUUAUAUGCAAGGCGCCGUAGAGCUGCUGCCAAUGGUAUCUGGUUUGCCCUGCUACCGGAGCGAGUUGCCCGUCCACGAACGAACCCUUGACGAUGCGGACUUUGCAGAGUGGUUAAAUCGCCUGGAAGCGGCAGACCUGAGCUCUUCGUCUGACACUUUCGGCUCGGCUCACCAAAUGGGGACGUGCUGCAUGAGUACGAGCCCGACUACUGGUGUCGUAAAUGAAGACGGUAAAGUGUGGGAUACCGAAAACUUAUAUGUUGCAGACGCGAGCGUGUUCCCCUCGGGUUCUGGUGUGAAUCCUAUGAUUACCGUCAUGGCUAUUGCGGAUCAUAUUGCCAGGGGUAUUUCGAAACAGAUGUGAAAACGUUGUUGCCAUUGCUCAGGAUCGUAGUGGGUUCAAAGGGGUGAGAUACAGACGAUAAGCAGUUAUCGUUUUUAUAUGAGUUAGUUCAUUUAUGUUAACUUAUACGAAUGACAUGUAUGAAUGACAGUUGAAUUAAAAAUAUAAUAUAAAAUGAAAUUAUAUAAACUUUACUCCCUAUAGUCAUAAUAAAUUUUACCUUUUUAAUUUUAAACUUACAUCCUCACUACGUUGAAAUAGUUACUGUUUACUUCAGUCCUCUGUUUACCUCUUAU